CUUAUACGCCUAUUUAUAUUCUGUACCAUUUUCCCACUAAAUACACACACUCUCUCUCGCACAAACUAAAAAGGAAAAACAAAAAAAAAAAAAAACUUGCGCUCUCUCUCUCGCUCUCUCUGGGUCUUAUUAGCACUGAGCACUGACAGUGCGCAGGAUAAGCAGUGAGAGGGUGCGCACGAUAAGAGAAAUUACGAUGGAUCGGAGGGCAGCGUUUUUUGUAGGAUUUGUCUGCAUUGUGAUCGCCAGCGUCGGGGGUCAAUCUCCGGCGACUUCUCCCAGCUCUACUCCCAACACGCCUUCUCCACCGACUCAGUCAAGUCCUCCAUCUGGUGCACCACCUCCGGCCACCACCACUGCACCGCCUACUCCUGCCGCUACAUCGCCACCUCCAGUUACUCAGUCUCCUCCACCGGCGGCUACUCCACCACCGGUGAGCGCUCCUCCUCCGGCUACUCCUCCACCAGUAAGCGCUCCACCUCCUGCUACUCCUCCACCAGCCACUCCUCCUCCCGCAACUCCACCUCCAGCUACCCCUCCUCCAGCAACCCCACCACCUGCUACCCCUCCACCAGCAACUCCUCCUCCGGCAACUCCACCACCGGCAGUGCCUCCACCUGCACCACUCGCAUCGCCACCUGCUUCAGUCCCUGCACCGGCACCAAGCAAGAAGAAGGUGAAAUCUCCAGCUCCGUCUCCCUUGGGGCUGAGUCCACCGGCUCCACCAACUGAUGCUCCAGCACCUAGCUUGCUCGGAACUGCUGCACCUGGACCAGCUCAAAACGACGACAGUGGGGUGGAGAAGAUCUUGUCCAUUCAGAAGAUGGUUGGGAGCUUGGUCUUUGGAUGGGCUCUCCUAUGGUUGUUGGUUCUUUAGAGCUGCGUUUUUACCUUCAUAUUUCUGUGUUAUCACUUUUGCCUCUAUAUAUUACUUACUGCCCAUCAUUAUAGCUCUACCUGAUGAUGGGACUUUCUUUCUACAUGUAUUUGAGCUAUAUACAUUCGGUUGAAUUCUUUGGGAGAUUUUUGGAGGGGAGUUUUAUGUAUUAUUGACUAUUGAGGGGAGUUGUUUUGUAUUGGAUUGUAGCUACCUCUUUCUUUCAAAUUUCUUUCUCUGUCUA